GAGUGGCAAGCAUUGUGGCGCUAGUGGUUCUGGUGACUGUGAUCACUGCCGUGCACAUCCACAAAAGACGCAGGCAGCGAGGGAGGCGUAUUACGUUGGUAGAUGACUCGAAGUUACAGCUGGCGUUAAGGAAAGAGGGCCUGAACGAAUUAGAGGCAUUUACCUACCGAAAGCCUACGGAAAAGGAUGACCUUGAAGGUACACGGCUGACACUCCUACCUUUCAGUUUCUAG